AUGAGUUCAAGUCCGAUUCACCAGAAUAUUUUAAAACCCGAGUAUCGCCGAGCGGCUGUUGUUCGCUUGGUUGUGAGCAAGACAGCUGCUGGACAGCUUUACCAUCACUUGAUUCCUCUUGUUCUUCUUCUUAUUGUUGGUAGCAGUCCAUUUGAUGUUGUGGAUCCAAGCUGGGAGUUGUAUGUCCUGAUCCAGAGGAAAACAGAUCAGCAGGGGGAAAUAUAUAAUAGGUUGCUUGGUUUUACAGCUGUAUAUCGUUUUUACCAUUAUCCUGAUAGUUCUCGGUUGCGGAUUGGUCAGAUAUUGGUAUUGCCUCCUUAUCAACACAAGGGUUGUGGACGAUACCUUCUUGAGGUUCUCAAUGAUGUUGCAAUAUCUGAAAACGUCUAUGACCUCACAGUUGAUGAACCAUUGGAUUACUUUGAACAUGUACGCACUUGUACGAUGUACUGCGCCUUCAUAAGUUCGAUCCAAUCAAGCAUGCAGUCAGCUCAGCAGUUUCGCAACUAA